AUGGGUAUUCCUAAGUUCUUCAGGUACAUCUCUGAGAGAUGGCCAAUGAUAUCGCAGUUGAUUGAUGGGACUCAGAUCCCAGAAUUUGAUAAUCUUUAUCUAGAUAUGAAUUCGAUUCUGCACACAUGUACACAUGCCAAUGAUGACGAUGUGACGAAAAGAAUGUCAGAGGAAGAGGUAUUUGCGAAGAUCUUCACAUAUAUUGAUCAUUUGUUCCACACAAUUAAGCCCAAACAAACGUUUUAUAUGGCUAUUGACGGUGUUGCUCCACGUGCAAAAAUGAACCAGCAGAGAGCACGUCGUUUUAGAACCGCUAUGGAUGCGGAGAAGAAUUUACAGAAAGCUAUCGAACGAGGCGAAGAGAUCCCUAAAGGAGAACCUUUCGAUUCGAAUGCCAUUACUCCUGGUACUGAGUUUAUGGCCAAGUUAACCGAAAAUUUGAAGUAUUUCAUUCACGACAAAAUUUCAAACGACUCUGUUUGGGCUUCCACGAACAUCAUUCUUUCGGGCCACGAAGUUCCAGGUGAAGGUGAGCAUAAAAUUAUGGACUACAUUAGAAUAUUGAGAGCUCAAACUGAUUACAAUCCAAAUACCAGGCAUUGCAUUUACGGAUUGGAUGCAGAUUUGAUAAUGCUUGGUCUGUCGACACAUGAUCCACACUUUGCACUACUUAGAGAAGAGGUAACAUUUGGUCGCCGGCAGAAAGCCAAGCCUUUGGAGCACCAGAACUUCUUUCUAUUACAUAUUUCAAUGCUAAGAGAGUAUUUGGAGCUAGAAUUCAACGAAAUAGCAGAUGAGUUACGUUUCGAGUACAGUUUUGAGCGGGUGUUGGAUGACUUUAUUUUAGUGAUGUUCGUUAUUGGUAACGAUUUCUUACCAAAUUUACCAGAUUUACACUUAAACAAAGGUGCAUUUCCAGUUUUAUUGCAAACAUUCAAGGAAGCACUAAGACAUACAGAUGGAUACAUUAAUGAGCAAGGUACGAUUAACUUGGUUAGAUUUAAGGUAUGGCUCCAGUACCUAUCUGAAUUUGAAUUGAUGAAUUUUGAGAAAGAUGACGUCGAUGUUGAGUGGUUCAACCAACAGCUUGAAAAUAUAUCGAUCCAAGGUGAAAAAAAAAGGGCUAGAAUUGGUAAAAAACUACUCUUGAAGCAACAAAAGAAGAUAGUCGGUAUGAUCAAGCCAUGGUUAAUAAAGACAGUGUCAGAAGAUCUUGAUGUAUCUAAUAUGACGUCUGAUGAACAAAUACCUACUCUCCCUCUAGAAGGCGAAACUAUUAAGGAAAAUCUGGGCUUCUUGAAGGAAAUAGCAUUUGACCUCGGUUUAUUUGUUGUCCAUUCGCAGUCAAAAGAUACAUAUUCUUUGAGACUUGAUGUUGACGGAAUCAAUCCUCAGGAGACAGAAGAUGAGCGCAAAGAACGCAUUCAGACUUUAAGGAAAACCGUAAAGAAGUACGAGCAAGCCGUUCUUGUUGAAGAUAAGGAAGAGCUGGAAGAUGAGCAAAGAAUUUACAACGAACGAUUUGAUCAAUGGAAAGACAAGUAUUACAAAGAGAAGUUGGGCUUUAGUUACUAUGAUGAGCAAAACAUGAAGGAUUUAACGGAGAAUUAUGUUGAAGGUUUGCAAUGGGUUUUGUAUUACUACUACAGGGGUUGCCAGUCCUGGUCUUGGUACUAUCGUUAUCAUUACGCGCCUAGAAUUUCUGACGUGCAGAAAGGUAUAGACCAAAUUAUCAAAUUCAACCUAGGUAAGCCUUUUAGACCAUUCCAGCAACUCAUGGCGGUUUUGCCUGAAAGAUCCAAGCAAUUAAUUCCCCCUGUUUACAGGCCACUAAUGUUUGAUCCUAAGUCACCUAUUCUCGACUUUUACCCGAGUGAAGUGGAGCUGGACAAAAACGGAAAAACAGCAGAUUGGGAGGCUGUUGUGAAGCUUUCCUUUGUUGAUGAGGAUAGACUAAUUGACGCAAUGUCUACUUAUGAUGAAAAGCUUUCUCCAGAGGAGAAGAAGAGAAAUUCUUUUGGAAAGGAUUUGAUUUUUCUUUUUAACCCACAGGUUGAUAAUAUUUACAAGUCACCUUUAAGUGGAAUUUUCUCUGAUAUUGAGCACAAUCAUUGCGUAGAAAGAGAAUUUGUAUCGAAGUCAAUGGACGGCUUGAAAUACCGUUUUGGAUUGCCACCUGGAGUUAAACUUGGAGUUGGGGCUCUGGCGGGAUUUCCGACUUUGAAAAGUAUCCCGUUUGACCAUAAACUAGAAUACAAUGAAUGUCUGAUUUUCCAACAACCUUCAAAGCAGCAGUCAAUGCUUCUUUAUAUUAAAGACAUUUUCGAGCAAAAUUCUUUGACAUUGGAUGAUGUAGCAAAACGAUUCAUGGGUGGCAUCAUUUAUACUCGGUGGCCAUUUCUUCGUGAAUCGAAGCUUGUUUCUGUAACGGAUGGUGAAAUCAUCUAUGAAGCAGUUGAAAUUUCUGAUAAUCAGAACGGAAAGCGUUUAAAAAUCAAGCAUAGACAAUUAGAUGAAGCUGAAAAGAAGAACUUUAAAUCUCAAAAAUCGACUAUGCGCAGGAAUUACUCAAUUCAACGUGGAGUAGUUCUAGAUGAUGUUCGUGCUAUCGUAAAAGUUGUUCCUGUUAAUGGCUUGGCUAGAGACUCAGAUGGUGCGUACCGCAAAACAUUUUCAUCUAUCGAAGAGUUUUAUCCUUUGCAAUUGAUCGUAGAAGAUGUUGAAAAUAAGGAUGAACGAUUCAUGGAGAAACCACCUUUACCAAUCGAAGAAGAGUUCCCUCAGGGAUCUGACGUCAUCUUUUUAGGUGAUUACGCUUAUGGUGGUAAGGCAACUGUCGACGGAUACAGCAGUUCGACGAGAUUAAAACUAACAAUUGAGAAAAGAUCCAGCAGAUCCGAGCCUAAUAUUGGUAAGGUGAGAGCUCGUAUUGACCAAAACAACGUGCGUUAUUAUCCCUCCUACAUAAUUUCCAAAAAGUUGCGCAUCCACCCAUUAUUCCUAUCAAAAAUUACUUCUAAAUUUUUGAUCACUGAUCUUAAUAAUAGAAAAAUAGAUGUCGGCUUAAUGAUCAAGUCCGAGGGCCGUCACGAAAAAGUCCUGGGAUACGCUAGACGUAAUGUUAAGGGAUGGGAGUACUCUGAUUUGACAGUAAAUCUUCUUACAGAAUACAGAAGAACAUUUUCUGACUUUUUUGAGAAGUUGGCACAACAAGGAAGGAAUAUUCCAAGCAUUGAAGAAAUAUAUCCAGAUGCUACGGCAGAAGAAUUGAAAGCCCUAGUUAGUAACGUUACUGGAUGGUUAAAAGACGUGAAGCAAUCUUUUGUGACAGUCUCGCUUGAAAGUGAUUCAUUGACCAAAGCCUCUAUCGCUGCGGUUGAGGAUGAGAUUGAGAAGUUCGUGCAACUUGCUGACCAUUCUGAAUUAAGGCAACUUGCCAAAGUCCCACGUGAAGCCAUCCUAGACCCCAAAGUUUCUUUAACCCUUCUACGUUCUCAAAAGUUUGAACUUGGUGACAGGGUUAUAUAUGUGCAAGAUUCUGGUAAGGUACCUCUGUUUUCAAAGGGAACUGUAGUUGGAUAUACGACUAUUGGAAACAGUUUGUCAAUUCAGGUUUUGUUUGACGAUGAGAUUGUUGCGGGUAAUAAUUUCGGGGGAAGACUUAGAAGUAAGCGUGGGUUGGGGUUGGACUCUUCUUUCUUAUUGAAUCUAACGAAUCGCCAGUUCAUAUACCAUUCUAAAGCUUCUCAAAAGGUUAAGGAAACUGUUGCCACAGGUAAGAGAAACCAGAAAAAUGCUAUAUCAAAUCGGGUGGCCCAGAAGAAGAAGUCAGAGGAGCUUAAAAAGAAGCAAGCACAUGAACUUUUGACUGUGAUCAAGAAAGGAGAGGAGACCACUUCUGAGAAUCCAAGGAAUGCUCCCCAAAAUCAGCCUCAGGAGGACGAGAAGAAAUCAGUUUUAGAAACUUCCAAGGAAAAAUCGGGCACUGAAGUUGUAGUUAAUCCAGAUGGUACUGUUGUACACAACGUUUACAAUGCUGUUUUCAAUCAAUUUUCCAAUGGUGCUCAGCAAAUGCCCCAACAGCAGGCACCAUACGGACUUCCAUACCAUAUCCCUCCCGGAAUGACUCCUACUAAUUUUCCUCCUGUCGGCAUGCACCCUCCUCCAAUUUAUUCCAUACCUCCUCAUAUGAUGCCACCAAAUAUGGCUUGCCCUCCAAAUGGAGUAUUUCCCGUAGACGAGGCAGCCAGUAAGGAACUGACUUCAUUACUCAAUACACAAGGCAGUUCUGUGCAUUCCAAACAGGAUACGACUACAGGAACUCCUACAGAUCGUGUCAAUGGAAAGAAGCCUUUUGCCAAUAAUAAUCGUGGCAAUUCUCGGAGGGGAAAUUACCGUGGCCGUGGUGGAUAUCGCGGAGGGAAACGUAAUGAUGCCCCUAAGGGGAGUGUAAAAAUGUCAGCUGCUUCUACCUAG